UUAAUUCAGAUUUUGUACACAUGUGACAUGUUCUAUACUCUAUUUUGCAGACACGCAAAAAUGAAACAGACAUUUUUUAAAACUUUUAUAUGUUGUGUGCUGAUGUGUGUUAUCUGUCAUGCUCAGGAAAAUAACAGUUCUACAUCCAACUUUCCUCCUGAACAGUACAACAACACAUCGGGCAAAGUAAAUAACACAUCAGACGGAGGAAAUAACACAACAGACGGCAAACCUCCGACACAAUGUCCGCCAGGAGAUCCUAAAUGUAAACAAGGUCCCCCAGGAAAAUGUCCACCAGAUAACCCAAAUUGUCAACAGAAUCCAUCUGAAAGAUGUGCAGGGAAAGAUCCAAGAUGCAAAAAUCUCCCAUCCGAUUACCCUUCAGAUUAUUAUGAAAAACUGAAAAGAUUGUUUCCUCGCAGAGAUUUUACUUGUCCGGAACCAUGCAGGAAAACUUGUUUAAAACGUGCACAUUGUUUGACAAAAGACUAUCGUUAUAAGUAUUCCUUUCCAUUUAUUAACCGCUUACAGUCCAAAUUCGAGCAAACUGGAAUGCUGAUUUCUAAUAACGGGGUACUCAAUAAACUAGAUGAUCAUAUAGCAUGUGAAGAUGCCUUGAAGUUCGUUCGUUACUUCUUAAAUAUACCAAAUAAGGAACAAGAUCGUCUGUUUGGUUUAACAAAUGCUACCAGUGAGUCUACAGAAAUAGAGGAUAUCAAGCCAUUUAUUCCAUUCUUGCGUUUAUUUAAGAAUACAACAUUACAGAAUAUGAUGAAAUCCUUGUCGUCUUCGUCGAAGAUACAAAUUUGCAACCAACUGAUGUUUUUAGACUGUCGGGUACAGCUAUACUUCUUAAAGGAAAAUGACAUGUCAUUCUGCGAACAAAAUCAAAAGAAUUUUCGCCCGUCAUUGGAUUUAGUUAGAAACUUUUUGAUUGAUCGUGAUGGAGACUUUAGCACAUGGAGUAAUAAUGUUUGGCAGCAGAAUGGAAUGAACUACAUGAAUGUCUUGCAGGCAGACACAGAAUUUCUCAAGUUUUUCCCCGACGACAUCAUGUUUCAAAUGUUGAAAAAUGCAUCCGAUGGCUGUAAAGUUAUUGAAAGUAAACGGUUACGACAUGUAGUCCGUAAAAAACUGAGCAACAUAUUAAAACAAAGCCAAGACCCUCAAGAAAAAUCAACAGCCGUUCGGUUAUUACAGUCUUGUGGGGGAAAUCUUAAACAACUGGAAAAAUAUGUCACUGAUGCUGAGAUUUUAAAUAGUUUCGACAGCAGCACAGCAAAAGUUUCCGCUAGAGAUAAAGCAAAAAUGAGAAGAAUCUUGAAGACAGAGAAAGCUGAUCCAUCAUUGAUGACAAAAGACGAAAUUGUAAAGUAUUCUUCGCUGAUCAUGAAUGACAAGCAAAUGAUGAAUGGUCUUAAUACAACUGCACUAGAAGAAGCUAUAUGUGACAUUGGUGGUCAAAUUAAUGAUAUCAAUCAGGCAAGGAAACUUAAAUCAGUUUUACAAAGACUUGACAAUUAUAAAGAUCUGACAGUUUACACAAAAGAUAAAAUUCUAUGCCUGAAAAAACUACUUGGUACUUUGUCACCGAGACAAAUUGGGAGUUUACCAAAUGGACCCCUUGGUGAAGCUAUUGUAGAGGGUUCUCUGGACGAUGUCAUGUUCUCCUGCCAAGUGGCAAGAACAGUGCUGAAAAAAUACAUAACAUAUGUUUCCAAACCAAAUGGCGAUCUGAGUUCUUCGGAAUUGUUAGCGUUACCACCAAGCAUCAAAGUAUGCCUCCGUGCACGUGAUAUAGCAAAAAUUCAAACCAAUCAGCUGACAAUGGAUGUUAUUAAUAAUUUUACAUCUGAAUUUGAAUCAAGGAACUUACAGGCGCCAGAAUCUAUGAUAAGAAAGCUUAUAGGAAAGGUGAAAGGAGAUAGUAACAUAAUUGCUGCACUUGCAAAAACACCAUUAGGUAAAUUUAUACCAUCAGCUGUGUUGCGUAAAAGUGUAGAUAUGGGACAAGAAAUAGCUGAUCAGUUACAGUCAGGAGAACCAUUGACAUUCAAAGUAGACUGUAAAAAAGCUAAUUAUCUUUAUGGAGCGUUGACAAGAACAAUAGGACCACCAACUACUGACAAUCUAAACUGGACAACAGGGGUAUACAGAGCAUUACAGGAAUCUAAUAUCCUCAGCGGAAUGCCUUUACGUCAUCUGAAAAACGUAUCUGAUUCACAGAUUUAUGCAGUAGCAGAUUCCUUCCUUGUAUCAAAAUGCAUCACUGGAAAUCAGAAAAAAAUUAUACUGCAGAAGUUUUUAUCUGUUCAAGAAGUGAAUUCGACUACAGUGACAUCAGAAGAUAUUCAAAAUAUGGACCCACAAAUACUAUUUAAUCAAAAAGAAGAAGAAUUGGAAAAAUAUGGAGUAAAUCAUCGUGAUGACAUUUGCAGUGUCAUUGGUCAAAUAGACGUAUCACAAGUUCCUAUGGGAAAGGUUUUGCAGAAAGCUCAUUUCUGUACUAAAUGCAUGGAUGCUUCAUCUUUAUCCAUUGACAACAUAACGGAUUGCGGAGCUCUAAUAUGUGCUCUUCCUUUAUCCAAAUUUGAUCAACUUGAAGAUGAUGCGUUAGCACAGAAUGCUGCUGCACUUGCCGUUAAGUGUCAAUGGGGACUCCAGAAAAGGAAAAAAAUUAUUGACUUAGCUUUACAAAGGGGAAUUGUAAAUUCUCUGAAUGCUAUGACAGAUGUUGACCUGAUGACCCUUAAAACGCUGAUAGCUGAUUUUUCCCCUGACGAUUUAGAUGAGAUACCAGUGAAAGCAUUUGCACUAGCGGAAAGUGCUGUUGUCCAAGCCUUUAAAGACAGAGACAGUUUACAGGAGGCUAGACGAUUGAAAGGGUUCAAAAGUGACUUUUCGGAUAAAGAAAGAAUUAUCCAACAAGAGGGAACUCUCCAAGUAUUCAAAAAGAUUAUUCAAAUCAAAUUGUCUGGUGUAAGCAGUCGUAAGAAACGAGACACAUCAGGUUAUACUUUGACAUGUGAUGAUUUGAAGUCGCUGGGUUCCGUUGGAUUGCCUGCAGUGUCAGAGGCAAACCUUAUUGCUGUAAAUGACAGUGAAUUUCAGGAUUGUUUGUUAACUUUAGGGGAGGUCACACAAUGGUCAGCUGAUCAGAAAGAAGCAUUAGCUCAAAAAAUGAUAUCGAUAUAUGGCAUACCAGGCAACUGGACUUCAGAGACAAUUGGAACAGCGGGAAGUAUGGUACAGGGAUUAAAUGUGUUAGAUAUGAAUACACUUAAUAUGGAUAUAAACAGUGUAAGCUCUCUAGGUCAGCUGCACGGAUGGACAGAUGAACAAAAAAGAUCUGCAUAUACAGUGUUUAUGACAAAAGUGAAGAACGGGCUACCCGCAAGUAAUUUAUCCAGUACAGAAUUGACAGCAUUAGGAAACUUUAUUUGUGGAAUGCUUUCAACUGAAAUAGACACCAUCUCGCCAGCUGUAUAUAUGGAUUCUGCAGAAACUGUAGGUGGUUUGACACAUUGCAGUACAAGUCAACUGCAAGCUUUUGCUGCAUUAGCUAAACAUUCAGACGCAUUUGGGAAUGACAUUUCACUGUGGGACGAGUCGACAGUUACAACAGCCGGAAUUUUAGUAGGUGCACUUAGUGUGAAUGAAAUACCUGCAUUAAGUCCUGGACAGAUUGACAGCAUUGAUCCGAAUAUGAUCAGUUAUUUUCCAGUUGAAGCCAUGAAGUCGUUUACGGGUGAACAGCUACAGAAUUUCAGUCCUGCACAGGCAGAGGCAACUACUUCAGAACAACGUUCCCAGCUUUCACAUGAUCAAUUUAUCAGUUUGCAAACAGCAGCAGGAACUAGUUUCUCUGAUGGACCUAGUGGAAGUUGUAGUCUAAACUCAAUGGUAUGGAUGCUGACAAUGAAUUUGGCAUUUGGUGUCAUUCUGGAAACCAUUUAAAUUUACUAUGAGGAUCUGAACCACAAUUACCAGCGUUAGAAGAAUAUGUCAUUGAAUCAAUUCUAUGGUGUCAGAUUUAUUUUAGAUUUAUGUAUUAUAUUGGAUACUGUAAUGGCAAUUAAGAACUAUAAAUGUGUUUCUUUCUAAUAUAAAUAAAAAUAAAGUAACA